AUGAAAAUGAAGAUCCAAGGGUUCAUCUUAUUUCUACUCUUCUGUCAAUUUCGAAGUCAACCAUACCCUGAUAAGCUUAAAAGUUCAAAACAGAUAUUUGAUAAAUCGAAAGACAGUAACCAAGAAACAAACACCAUCAAGAUUGGUAUCAUUCUCGACACAAAAUCAUGGGUGGGGAAGGUUGUCCACAGCUGCAUUACUAUUGCAAUUUCAGACUUUUACAUGCUCAAUGAACAGUACAAAACAAGGAUUGCUCUUGAAACAAGAGACUCAAGAGGAGAACCUUCUGAUUUUAUAGCUUCUGCAUUUGAUCUUUUGGAGAAUGCUGAAGUGCAUGCUAUCAUGGUCCCUGAGAUGUCAAGUGAAGAGUCGUUCUUGGCGACGCUAUGUGACAAAGCUAACGUUCCAUUACUUUCAUUUUCUUCAGUAUCAUCAUCGAAUGAACAUCCUUAUUUGUUGCAAGUUGCACAAGAUGAGACCUCUCAAUUCAAAGGUGUUGCUGCCUUUUUGGGAACAUUCAAAUGGAGGACUGUUGUACUUAUCUACGAGGACUCUGCAGAUGCCAGACAAAUUCUAUCUCAUGUACGCGACACCUUUCGUGAUAAUGAUGUGGAUGCCGUGAAUGACAUUGCCAUUACUCUGAGGGCUACAGAUGAAGAAAUCAUCAAAAAGCUUCAUAAUCUCAGGACUACGAGAAUAUCAAUAAUUAUUGUACAUACAUCAGUUUCUCUUGCAUCUCAAAUUUUUAAAAAUGCAAAAAUGUUGGAAAUGAUGAGUGAGGACUAUGCUUGGAUUAUGACUAGCAAAACAAUGAAUUUAUUGGAUUUACAAAAUUCUGCAGUUGAGUCAAUGGCCGGAGUAGUUGGUUUCAGACCUUAUAUUCCAGCAUCAAGCAAGCUCCAGAAUUUCACUUUGAGAUGGAGAAGGGAAUUUCAGCACAGCGAGAUUGAUAUGGAAAGCAGGGGAUUAAAUGUGUUUGGUAUAUGGGCAUAUGAUGCAAUAUGGGCAUUGGCAGAGGCAACUGAAAGAGCAGGAAUAAAGUUCUUUCUUAAUAGGGGAAGAGGUUUAGGUGGUGAAUUUCAACUUAUAAAUGCAAAAUUAGUUCAUGAGACUUAUGAAAUCGUGAAUGUGAUAGGUAAGGGGGGAAGAAGAGUAGGUUUCUGGACACCAACUCGUGGAUUCGCUAAGGAAAUAUAUCAAUUCACGGACAGUUGUUCCUCUGACGGUCUCAAAACCAUUAUUUGGCCUGGAUUCUCUACAACUGCUCCAAAAGGUUGGUUACUUCAAAUGAGUGGCAGGCGUUUAAGAAUUGGAAUUACAGCGAAUUCACGGUUCCACCAAUUGGUAGGCUUGAGUUAUGAUCAACAAACGAAUAAAACAAAAUUCCAUGGUUUCUGUGUGGACGUCUUCAAUGCGGCCAUUCAGAGGUUGCAGUAUAAGAUUCUUUAUGAAUUUAUCCCCUUCUACAGACAUAAUGGAAGUUACAGUGAUCUCGUAUAUCAUGUCUAUCUGCAGACUUUUGAUGCUGCCGUAGGGGACAUAACUAUCACUUCCAACAGGUCACAAUAUGUUGACUUCACAUUGCCAUACACAGAGUUAGGUGCUGGAGUGGUAGCACGAUUGGGCAACAACGACCCAUGGUUCUUCUUAAAGCCACUUAGUGUGGAUCUAUGGAUUAUGAGUGCAGGCCUCUUCAUUCUGACGGGUUUUAUUGUUUGGCUUAUUGAACAUCCUAUUAAUGUAGAGUUCCAAGGUUCUCCAGCGUGGCAAAUUGGGACAAUAUUUUGGUUCGCCGCUUCAACUCUUGUUCAUGCUCAUAGAGAAAAGUUACAAAGUAAUCUAUCAAGAUUUGUUGUGGGUAUUUGGUUGUUCGUAGUCCUGAUAUUGACAUCAUGUUAUACUGCAAAUUUGAGUUCACUGUUGACCGUUCAUCAGAUAAGAUUGACAAAAAACGAUUACAUAGGCCAAGAUUCUUUUAUAAAGGGACUUCAUGUCAUGAACAACCCGAAUGUUAAGGAUUACAGACUUCGGCCUCAUAGUUCACCUGAGGAAUAUUACGAGGCUUUAAGAAAAGGAAGUAAAAAUGGAGGAGUAGGUGCUAUAAUUGAUGAAAUUCCUUACAUUAAACUAUUCCUUGCUAAGUAUCCACAUGAAUUCGCCAUGAUUGACUCCAGAGAAACAACUAAUGGCUUCGCUUUUGUUUUCCCAAAGGGUUCACCUUUGGUCCAUGAUAUGUCAAGAGCGAUUGCUGGACUCAGAGAAGAAGGUAAAAUUUUGGAGUUGGAGAAGAAAUGGUUUAGAAGCCAAUUAUCACCGUUAUCUGACACUGAACCACCUAGGACCAAUACUCUGGGCAUUUAUAGCUUUUCUGGUCUAUUUCUUCAUCAGAAUGUUGGCGGGAGGAAAACUGAUAUCCAUUUGUUGAAUAAAUGCCACAUAAUUUCACUACACAGAGUAGAUGUUACAGAUUUUAUCAGUUCAUCCGAUCAAAACAGUAUUAAUAAUGUCGAUGAAAUUAAAGUUGGAGUUAUAGUUGAUAAGGGAUCAUGGGUUGGGAAGACUAUUCAUGGCUGCAUUUCCAUGGCCAUUUCUGAUUUUUACGAGUUGAAUAGUCACUACAGAACACGCAUAGUUUUGCAUGCUCGAGACUCUCAAGCUAAACCAGUUCGUGCUCUAUCUGCAGCUGUGGAUCUUGUGGAGAACAUUGGGGUACAAGCAAUUUUCGGCCUCGAGACAUCUCUGGAAGAAAAGUUCUUAGCCAUACUACUAGAGAAAGCUAAACUUCCUAUAUUUUCAUUUUCCCCAAGCAUAAGCUCCUCCACCAGACAUCCUUACAUUGUCAAAAUUAGGUCGGAUGAAACAGUUAAUCUUGAAGGCAUUGCUUCUAUUCUCAGAUCAUUUGAAUGGAAAGAUGCCAUUCUUAUUUAUGAGGAUACUAAUGAUGAGCGCAAAGCUACGCCUCAUUUGGGCGAAUCAUUUGAAGGCAAAAAUAUUUCCAUUCCUUACAGAAGUGUCAUUUCUUCUUUCUCUAGAGAUGAUCAAAUCCUGAAAGAGUUGCAAAAGCUCAUGACCCUGAAAACGAAAAUAUAUAUAGUGCACAUGUCAUUGCCUCUUGCUUCUCGACUUCUUAUGCAUGCGAAAAGAUUGGGAAUGAUGAAAAAGGAAUAUGCUUGGAUCGUCACCGACAAAACCAUGAACUCAGUGCAUUUGAUGGACUCUGAAGUCGUUGAAUCUCUGCAAGGGACAUUAGGUUUCAAGCCGAAUAUUGCAGCAUCAAGUAAGCUGCGGAACAUCACCUCAAGAUGGAUGAGGGAAUAUGAUGCAACAGACCCUAAUGUGGUACUAAGAGAGUUACCAGUAGUUGGAAUAUGGGCAUAUGAUACAGUGCAAGCAGUAGCAGAAGCCUUUGAGAGGUUAAGUAUUGAAACUUCAAACGUUAAUGAUCAAUUUUUAGGGUUGAAGUCCGUGGAGUGGACCAAUUUUUUACAUUCUCACGGUGGAGCAUUGCUCCUACACGAACUUUCUCAUGUUAGAUUUGAGGGUUUAAGUGGUGAAUUUCAGUUGGUGGAUGGGAAUGUAUAUCCUAAAGAAUAUAGUCUGGUGAAUAUUCAAGGCAGUGAAGAAAAAAUGGUCGGAUUAUGGAGGACUACAGAUGGAAUUUUCGAAGAAGUAUACUCAUCAUCAUGCUGGAUAAAUCAUAGUACAGAUUCCAACACUAUGAUAUGGCCUGAAGGGUGUAAAACUACUUCAAGAGGCCGUUUAUUGCAGACUAUGAGCCCCAAAAUGCUUAGAAUUGGGGUGCCAGUGAAAAUCAGUUUCAAACAAUUGGUUGACGUGCGUUAUGAUUCUCAAACCAAUUCAACAACCAUCUCAGGCUACUGCAUAGAUGUCUUCAAAGCUGCCAUUGACGCCUUAAAUUAUAGAACACCUUAUGAGUUUGUCCCACUUGUGAAUGGAAGUUACAAUGACUAUGUCCAUCAGGUUUAUCUUCAGAACAUUGAUGGACUUGUGGGAGAUGUAACAAUCACUACCAAUAGAUCUCUGUAUGUGGACUUUACAGCACCUUUUACCGAUUUGGGAGUGGGAACCAUAGCACCGCUCAACAACGAAGACAUGUGGAACUUCUUGAAGCCUCUUGAUACAAAAUUGUGGCUAGUAAGUGGCGCCUUCUUUUUCCUGACAGGCUUUGCAGUUUGGGCUAUUGAACGGUCUAACAACAACGAAGAAUUUAGUGAAGGUUCAGUAGUUUAUCAGAUUGGCACAAUCUUCUGGUUCGGCUUUUCUACCCUGGUUUUUGCUCAUAGGGAAAAAUUGACAAGUAAUUUAUCAAGAGGUAUUGUGCUUGUGUGGGUAUUCGCGGUGCUGAUCCUGACUUCAAGCUAUACUGCUACAUUAAGUUCCCUUUUGACAGUGCAACAAAUUCAGUUAGGAUCAGCCGGGGAGUUCUUGGGAACCCAAGGUGACUCCAUUGUAAGUGGAGUUAUAGCUAAUAACUUAAAUUUCCAAGACGAGCGCCUUAAGCUCUAUCUUUCACCAGAAACAUAUGCUGAGGCUUUGUCAAGAGGACGUAAGAAUGGUGGUGUCGACGCUAUCAUUGAUGAAAUCCCUUAUAUCAAGAUUGUCUUGUCAAAAUACUCAAAAGAUUACGCGAUGAUUGCUUCUGCGUCCACCACUGGUGGUUUUGGCUUUGUAUUCCCCAGAGGUUCUCCACUGGUUCCUGAUAUAUCAAAAGCAAUUAUAAAACUAAGAGAAGAAGGAAAACUUGUGAUGAUGGAAAGGGCAUGGUUCAAGAGUCAAUCGUCCUUCUUACCAGACGGCGCUGUGACUAUCACAAACAUAUUGAACUUCAAUCAGUUUCGUGGUUUAUUUUUAGUUAGUGGGAUUUGUUUUGCCAUAGCUCUUGUCAUCUACCUGACACAGUUAUCGUUAGAAAGGUUCCAGGUUAAAAAUUUCUUUAUCAGACUUGUCAAUAGAGAAAAUCUGGCCUUUGUAUUAAGGUUUACACGGUACAACAAGAGAAUAACUAUUGAUGCUACCAAGGAGAGGGCCAUUGCUACGAUGGCUUUGGAACUGGCGUACGCAUAG